AUGGCGAAGAAGCAGAAGCAGCGCGGCUCGCUCCGGGGGGAGGAGCAUGUAGCGGCGGCGGCGGCGCACGAGGACGCGCCGGCCGAGAACGCGGAGGAGGAGGCGGCUGCGCAGGAAGCAGGGGUCGCUGGAAGCGAGGUGGUGGAGGGGCGGAGCGCGGACGCUGCGAGUGGCGGCGUGGAGGAGGGGAAGGAGGAGGAGGCGGCGGCGGCCGCAGAGGAGGAGGAGGAGAGGGAGGUGACGUUUGAUGAGCUGGGGCUGGACGAGCAGCUCAAGAGGGCCCUGAGGAAGAAGGGCUUGACCAAGACCACCCCGAUCCAGCGAGAGGCCAUCCCGCUCAUCCUGGAAGGGAAGGAUGUGGUCGCUAAGGCCAAGACCGGUUCUGGAAAGACCUUUGCCUACCUUCUCCCGCUGCUGCAAGAGCUGUUGAAGUUGUGCAAAGAAGGGCGUAUCCGGAAAUCUGCACCAAAUGCCUUAAUCCUGGUGCCAACUCGCGAGUUAUGCCAGCAGGUUUAUAAUGAGGCAUCAUCUCUCCUUGAGUUGUGUACAUCCAAGUUGAAGAUUGUUCAAGUGACCGCGAGCAUGUCAGAUAAGGAUAUUAAACUUGCAUUGUCUGGGCCCCCUAAUAUUCUUGUGACAACCCCAGCUUGUGUUGCAGCAUGUAUAUCAAAGGGCAUUGUCCAGGGAUCAUCUAUUAAAGAGUCACUUUCAAUGAUGAUUCUUGAUGAGGCUGACCUCCUUCUGUCCUAUCGCUGCGAAGAUGACUUGAAGGCACUUGUCCCACAUAUCCCAAGAAGUUGCCAAUCCAUCCUGAUGUCUGCAACUUCAAGCCCUGAUAUCGACAAACUAACAAAGCUACUUCUGCACAACCCUUUUGUUUUAACUCUUACCGAGGUUGGUCAUGCAAAGGAUGACGUGGUCCCUAGAAAUGUGCAACAAUUUUGGAUUUCAUGCAGUGCUAAGGAUAAGAUGCUUUAUAUCCUUUCCCUUCUGAAGUUAGAGCUUAUUCAAAAGAAAGUUCUAAUAUUUGUGAACUCAAUUGACAAUGCAUUCAGAUUAAGAUUGUUCCUGGAAAAGUUUGCGAUAAGAUCUGCAGUGUUGAAUGCUGAGUUGCCACAAAAUUCUCGCCUACAUAUUAUUGAGGCUUUCAAUGCUAGGCUAUUCGAUUACCUGAUAGCAACAGAUGACAAUAAAACAAAGGAGGCGAAGCAAACCAACAAGGAAAGCAAAAAAGAUUCAAAGGGGUCACGCAAACAUUUGCAACAAACUUUAGAUGCUGAAUUCGGAGUCGUCAGAGGAAUUGACUUCAAAAACGUUUUCACAGUAGUUAAUUUUGACAUGCCCCCGUAUCCUGCUGGGUAUAUUCACAGAAUAGGACGAACAGGGAGGGCAAAUAAAACCGGUGCAUCUAUAUCACUUGUUUCACCAGAGGAGGAUUAUGUUUUCGAAGAGAUUGAACACAUGUUGCAAGAUGUUGAAAAAAAGGAUACCAACUGCAUUUUACCUUUCCCAUUACUCACAAAAAAUGCUGUCGAGUCCCUACGAUAUAGGGCUCAGGAUGUUGCUAGGAGUGUGACAAGCCGUGAUAUACAGGAAGCGCGUCGUCAAGACGUAAAGAAUGAAAUCCUCAAUUCUGAGAAGUUGAAAGCUCAUUUUGAAGAGAAUCCAACAGACCUCGAUUUGCUCAAACAUGAUAAGUUGCUUACCAACAAAUCAAUUCCUGCUCACCUUCGGGAUGUCCCUGAAUACCUAAUUGACCCCACAACGAAAGAAGCCAGCAAUGCAGUCAAACUUUCGAGGGCUGCUAUGGGUCUUGAUAAUCCCCGAAGGAAGAAAAGAAUGGGAUUCAGGAGUGGGUCAGGCAAAAGUAGCGAUCCCCUCAGAACGUUCUCUGCCGAGGCAAAUCACGAAAACGAAGGGGAAAGGAAAGAGAAGGAGAUGAUAGAAGAAAGAGGAGGAAGAAGGCAGAAAUCUAAUGCUGCAAACAGUUCACUAUCAAUUUUGCUCGGUUUUAUAGACUCAUUGCCUUGUAACUUUGUAGCAUCUCUAGAACGAAGACAAAGCUUAAUGUGCAACAUUGUACGUCAAAUAUUUUUUGGGAGUUUAUGUUCUUUUGUCUAG